CUAAAAAAAAGACUAAUACAAGCUCUUCUUAACCACUUCUCUUCUUGCUCAGAAAAGCAAUGGCUUCUACUGAAGCAGCAUAUAGUGGAGCUAGCCAUGCCCAAAUUGAACCUACUGAUGCUGAUACCACCCCAUAUUCAACUCUUUUGUUCCUUCCUUCUUCUCGCAGGACUAAUUCUUCCCUAUCUUCAUCACCAUCAUUUUCAUCCAAUUCAUCCUCUGCUGGAUCAUUAACUUUCCCUGGUGAUAAUUCCCCAUUCAGUCCUCCCAGAACCCCUCAAGCAAGAUUCUCAGGAGUCCCAUUUUCUUGGGAGCAAAUCCCAGGAAUUCCCAAGAAUGAAAUUUCCAAGAAGGAAGGUUUAUCUGCUUUAGGCCUUCUCCCAUUGCCACCAGCUGGAAGUUUCAGCACAAAUUCCUUCAGGAAGCAUAAUAGAGAAGACAUGAUCAUUUCUCCCAAGAAGUUCUACAACCCCAGUGAAAGUUUUAGGAUGGAUCCAUUCUUUGCAGCAUUAGUGGAAUGUUCCAAGGAUGAUCACCAUCGUCACCAUGAUGGAAAUGUUAUUGGUAAUUUGUGGAAGGGCUCAAAAGUUUCAUCAAAGACAAGUUUAAGUGAUCGAUUUGGGUUCAUCAACAUGUAUGCUUCUUGCAAAAGGACUUGUGCAGUCUCAGAAUCCAUUGUUUAUCUUCCAAGAUCAAGACCUUAUAGUUUGUUAAAUCGUCGUUGAUCAAGCUACAAAAUUCAUGGUCUCAAGGUCAAGGGCAUCAAGAAUUGGCAAAACAUCAAUAGAUAAGUGUUUGUUUUAUGAUAGUCUACUUGAAUUUCUUUUGCUUUCCUAUCUUUAUAUUUGGUAUUCUCUUGUUAUCUUGGAAAUUGGUAUGGAAUGUGAGGACAAGUCAAUGAUGCUCUAAGACAAAUUGUAAAAUUCAGAAUUUAUGCAUUACUAUUUUCUAGGAACAAGUGCCAACAUCUUUUUUUAGUGCAAAAA